AUGGCCGCAGACGUUGACGGCGGGGGCUCGCUGCACGACCUGAUAGUGCAGUCAUGGGUCAUGUACGGUAUCGGUGUUGCCUUGUAUUUUCUUCGCAUAUAUGCGCGAUUCCAACGCAUGGGCUGGCUAUGGCAGGCCGAAGAUUUUGUCAUGCUUUCGGGAAUACUCUGGUAUACAGGCUUUGUAGUGACCAACAUCCAGCUCGCCAAGGGUGGCGGGGGCACCCUCUAUCGGCCCGGACAGUUUGAAACUUUUACCGACGACAAUAUCGCAUCGAGAGUGCAGUUUGCCAAGGUGGAGUUUGCGUCGGAGCAGUGCAUGGUCAACGUCGUCUGGACGAUGAAAGCGUGCAUGCUGAUCAUCUACUACCGCAUGACUACCAAUCUGAACCGCCAGUUCUGGGUCAAAGUAUGCGCUGCAUACACCCUGGCUGGUUUUAUCGCCGUCCAGUUGACUCUGUUUCUCAACUGUCGCCCUUUCUCCGGAUACUUCACGCUUCCUCCGCCGCACGAUGAAUGCGCUACUUAUUUCCGCUUCGAAAUUAUCCAGGCCGUCUUCAAUAUCUCCUCUGACCUGGCCAUCUUAGUCGUCAUCCUGCCGACGCUGUGGCGCAUGAACAUGUCGCUGAAGGAAAAGGUGCCAGUGCUGUUCAUCUUUUCCAUGGGAUUCUUCCUGAUCAUCUGCGCCAUCGUUUCCAAAUACUUCACCUUCCGCGACAUAUUCGACACCUCAUACCAGUUCUGGUACCUCCGCGAAUCCUCCGUCGGCGUCUACAUCACAAACCUACCCUAUAUCUGGUCCUUCUUCCGCCGGUCCAUGCACAUCCUACACAGUACCACAACAGGCCAUCUCGGAAACCCCUUUUCGAGUUCGCGCAAGAGCUCUGCAUCAAGGGGGAAAUACAUGUACAGCGCGAAGAGCCUGGAAAUCAGUACCAACCCGUUUCAGCCGAAUCCCGAACAUCAGGUUAUUUCGACUAUUUCGGCACAUAACAAAAACAACAAUAAUAAUAAUAACAACAACAUGGUGACUGGAAUGACGCGAAACGACAGUGAAGAGCGUAUUUUUUCGCCGCAGGACAUGGCGAUGUCGCAUGAUUUAGAAGGGGGCGAGAAUAUACGUUUGGAUGAUGCGGAGGAUUGGAAUAAACCGUAUCGCAUACAAAAGACGACGGAGAUUCAUAUUGCCCACGCCGAGGGGGCUAUUUUUGAGGAUGUCGAGAAUGAUCAACACGAUCCGGCAGCUGUCAAAAACCUCGUCUGGAAGCAGGACCUGCGCAUCGUACCGCUGUCGGCUUUUAUCUACCUGCUCUGCUACUUGGAUCGGUCGAAUAUUGGAAAUGCCAAAGUGCUAAACGCCGAUACCAACGACGAUCUCCUGUCGGAUACGCACAUGACAAACUAUCAGUACACAAUUGCGUUGAUGGUGUUUCUCAUCGCCUAUGCCGUUUUCGAGGUCCCAUCCAACUACCUCUUGAAAAAGCUGAAGCCAAGCAGAUGGAUUGCCUUCCUCAUGCUAUCAUGGGGCGCCAUCACCAUGGGCCUGGGCGGCUCAAAGAACUAUGGCCAAGUAACCGGCAUCCGAUUCCUGCUGGGCGUCAUUGAAGCCGGUCUCUUCCCGGGUCUGGUCUUCUACCUGACCUUUUGGUAUCGAGUAUCCGAGCGGUCCAUUCGCGUCGCUCUGAUCCUGGCGUCGGCGACAUUGGCGGGUGCCUUUGGUGGAGCAAUUGCUUACGGUGUGGGAUAUAUCAACCAGGUGCAUGGACUUUCGGCCUGGCGGUGGCUGUUCAUAAUCGAAGGAGCGCCUUCUUGCGCAUCUGCGAUUCUCGUAUUCUUCAUUCUACCCGACUACCCCGAGACUUCAGGCUGGCUGAAUGCCGACGAGAAGGAGCUUGCGCGACGCCGGCUGGAGGUAGAGGGAUCCAAGGGGGGUGCCAAAGCGAUGAGCUGGGCUGAGGCAAAGGGUGUCUUGAUCGACUGGAGGCUAUACGCGCAUUACGCGAUCUACUUUGGGAUCUCGACUCCCUUCUCCAGCUUGUCCCUCUUUACGCCUUCCAUCACUGCCGGUUUGGGAUAUGAGAACCUGCAAGCGCAGCUCAUGACUGUGCCGCCAUAUGCCGUGGCCUAUGUUGUGACUAUUGCUGUUGCAGGCUCUGCUGACUACUUUAAUGCUCGCGGUAUUCACUCGGCCAUUUUCUCAUUUAUCGGCGCAAUGGGAUUCCUUGCAUCCGCCGUCCUGCCAGCUGAUGCAUACCUGCACCGGUACGGGUGUCUCAUCGUCGCCACCAGCGGCGCCUUUUCCUGCAUUCCACCACUACUCGGCUGGCUAUCGUCCAAUAUCGACAGCACCGCAGCAGCCGGCCUCGCCAUCGCGCUGAACGUCUCGUUUGGAGCGCCAGGACAGAUCGCCGGGGUGUGGAUCUACAAGGCCAACGAAGCCAAACGGGGAUAUCCAACGGGUCACUGGACGAAUGCGGCUUUGCUGCUUUUUGUCAGUGUGGGCUGUAUUCUGCUACAGCUGUACUAUGUACUGAAAAACCGGAGGCGGAGACAAGAGGGGGUGAAGUUGUACGCUUAUUAG